AUGGGUUAUCGCCAGGACUACCUCGGCGACGAGCAAACGCCUUACGAUGGCAAGAAGGAGCACAACGAUACCCGAGAUGUGCCAAACGACGAUCUUGAGGGGUCAACACACAUUCUCCAGGACCGUCUCCGCCGCUCUCUGUCUGCACGCCAGGUUCAGAUGAUUGCCAUUGGAGGCACCAUUGGAACAGGUCUCUUUCUCGGCACGGGCAAGUCGCUGGCUACUGGUGGUCCAGCUUCGAUCCUCAUCUGCUACGCCAUCGUCGGUUUUAUCGUCUUCAUCACCAUGCUCAGCUUGGGAGAGAUGGCCGCGUUUUUACCAGUGGCAGGAAGCUUCUGUACAUUUGCGGGUCGCUUCGUUGAUGACGCCUUUGGCUUUGCCCUGACGUGGAACUACUGGUUCAACGAUGCUGUUUCGACUGCAUCCGAUCUAGUCGCGCUGCAAUUGAUUCUGCAAUACUGGACCGACAACUUUCCGGGAUGGGCGCUCAGUCUGAUAUUCUGGUUUGUCUUGAUUGCUGUCAACAUUGCUACCGUGCGUGCAUAUGGUGAGCUUGAAUACUGGCUCAGUUUGCUCAAAGUCAUUACCAUCGUUGUCUUCAUCGUCAUGGGUAUCGUUGUCAACUGCGGCGGCAACGCUGAGGGGCGUUACAUUGGCGCCGAAUACUGGCACAUCCCUGGUGCCCCAUUCGUCGGCGGUAUCGGCGGUUUUGCCUCGGUUUUCGUCACGGCCUCUUUUGCGUACGGUGGUACCGAGUCGAUUGCCAUUACGGCUGGUGAGACAAAGAACCCCACAAAGACGAUGCCCAAGGUGGUGAAAAAUGUCUUUUGGCGAAUUCUCCUCUUUUAUAUCCUCUCCGUCCUCCUCAUUGGCCUCAACGUCCCCUACGACUACCCCAACCUCAACUCCAAGGAAACACGCACCUCACCCUUCACCAUUGUCUUCCAGAUGACUGGGGCAAAGGCCGCAGGCAGUGUCAUCAACGCCGUUAUUCUGACUAGUGUCUUGUCUGCCGGAAACCACGCGCUGUUCGCCGGAACCAGGCUGCUGUACACUUUGUCCAUGGAAGGCCAUGCUCCCAAAUUCUUCGGCAAGCUUAACAGAAAUCAGGUUCCCUGGGUGGCUGUUCUGGCAACCGGCUUCGUCUCAGGACUCUGCUUCGGCUCCAGCUUCAUCGGCGCUGGCCAGCUUUGGUCGUGGCUGCAAAACCUUGUCGGUGUCUCUAAUCAGCUCAGCUGGAUCGCCAUCGGCAUCACCUCCCUCCGCUUCCGCGCCGCCAUCGCUCGCCAAGGCAAGACGCAUCUGCUUCCCUUUAAGAACUGGACUUACCCAUACGGUCCCUGGAUUGCCGUUCUUCUGAACUCAUUCCUCGUCCUGAUCCAGGGCUGGAGCUGCUUCAGCCCAUCAUUUGAUGGCGUCAGCUUUGUCAGUUUUUACAUUGAACUGCCCAUCAUGCUGGUCAUGUAUCUCGGCUGGAAGUUCAUCAAGCGAACCAAGUUUGUGCGGCUGGAUGAAAUGGACCUCGUGACGGACGUGCACACGGCUGAAGAGCAAGAGGAGGAAGAGAAGGGAUGGAAAGGAAAGGCAAAGAGUGUUAUUGGGUGGUUAUUCUAA